AUGUUAUUCCUGUAAAAUUAUUGUUAUCGACACUGGGACUUCCCAAGCGGUCCCCCACCUUAGUACUAACCCAGCCUUAAGGCGCUUAACUUCGGAGUUCGAAUGGGAUCCGGUGUUUUCACCUUAGUAUGGCCGAUAACAAAAUUAAUUAGAGUAAAUAGGAUUUAAAAGCUCUAAAAUAAAAAAGGUUAUCGACACUGGGACUUCCCAAGCGGUCCCCCACCUUAGUACUAACCCAGCCUUAAGGCGCUUAACUUCGGAGUUCGAAUGGGAUCCGGUGUUUUCACCUUAGUAUGGCCGAUAACAAAAUACUCAUUUCUAUUGUUACAUGGGUAUAUUUGA